AUGGCAGAAGUUGUCGGAAUUCUUGGUCUGAUUGGGAGCAUCGUGAACAUCCUUGAGGGUGUCGACAAAUCGAAAACGAUCAUCAAGAAAUAUGUUCAUUCCUCUUCGUCACUGCGGAAGGAGCUAGUUCCCAUACUUGGGAAGCUGAUGGCUUUUGCUGGAAUUUUACGUGGUCUUCAGCUCGAAUGUGAGCUGGACGAAUCCGACAAUGGGCGAUUACAAACAUUUGAACACAUUCGAUCUCCCUUGCAGGCGAGUGAGAAAGCGGCUAAGACAAUUGUGGCUCGUUUAAACCAGGUAGCGUCCGUUGGUGGUGUUUCUCUCAGCCUUGGUAAGGUCCUGAACAACGAGACCGCAGCCGCCUUGCAUGUCCUCGACCAGUCGAAGACUGUACUUGAUUUGGCACUCACGGCCGAUCAAAGAACACUACUCAAAGCGAUUGAGAGCUAUGUUCGGGUUGUGGCCGGGGACUUGCACGACAUGCGCGAAGAAAGCAAAAUUCAGUACAAGGAUUUAAAACAGGAUCUGAAUUCCAUCAGAUCCGCUGAAGUCGAAGCCACGCGAACCAAAAAGAAAGCGGACAUUCUUUCCUGGAUCUCUCAGGUCAACUACAGCAGCAACUAUGAUGCGGCCUCCCUGCGAACAACCCAAAAUGACCAAACUGGCGAUUGGUUUCUCAAGAGCCGGGACUUCCAAGAUUGGGCGCAUAACCCCGGCCGCAGUGGCCUCCUUCUCACUGGAAUCUCUGGCUCCGGUAUGGUCACGCGGAGCGGCAGUCAACAGAUGCCUCGCAAAGCGCACGUCAGGCGAGAGAUAACCAAGUUCGAGUUCUUGGAACCAAUGAUUCCAAAAGAGUAG